AUGGUUCCAAAACUGCUCGAUUCUCGACUUUGUCUGCUUCUGCUUCUGGGACUCAUGGGAAUGGAGGGCUCAUUCCAUGUCAAACCCAGCCAGUUUACCUGGGCUCAGUGGUUUACCAUCCAGCAUAUAAAUAUGACCCACACCCGAUGCGACGACGCAAUGCGAGUAGUUAACGGUUAUUUAAGGCGAUGCAAAAAUCGCAAUACGUUUCUUAGAACAACUUUUGACGAUACAGCUGGUGUCUGUGGUACCCCAAAUAUAACCUGUCCUAGUAACAAUACUAUGAAAAAUUGUCAUCAAAGCCCAGAUCAGGUGAAUAUAGUUGACUGUAACCUCACAAAAAGUUCCAAAAAUAUUACAAACUGCCUAUAUGCACAGUCAUCAGCACAGAAGUACUACGUGAUUGCUUGUGCCAACAGAACUAACCAGGAGCCUAGCAAGUAUCCACUGAUUCCAGUUCACUUGGAUAGAAUCUUCUAA